AUGACAGUUGAGCAAAUUCAAAGUUUACUGCAAGACAUUUCAACUGAAAUAGACUGUGUGGAUGACCAAGAGAGUGAUAGUGAUCUAAGCAUCGAAGAUGUGGAGGUAAGUGACCACGAAAGCAAUUCUGAACAAGAUUUUUCAGACAAUGAAUCAGAUCUAGAGGCUAGUUUGGGGGACAGUACAUUCUAUAUAGGAAAAGAUAAAAUAACUAAAUGGCAACAAAAAGAGUAUACAACUUCAAAAAUUAGGAAACAUAAUAUAAUAAACGUGGUUCCCGGUCCCAAGGAGUGUGCUAGAAAUAUUGUUAGUGAGAUAGAUGCAUUUCUAAAAAUAAUUGAUCUUGACAUGAUUGACGAAAUCGUAACGUGCACUAAUAUGUAUAUUAGUAAUAUGAGACAACGAGUUCAAUACUCUAGACUCCGAGACUGA